UCAACAAAAAUGAAGUUACAUUCACCAAGUUGUUUCAUUUAUUUUUUGUGUCUUUUGUGCCAAAGUAACCUUUUAUUUGUUUCAUCGCUUCCUCUACAAGUUAAAUCGACAUUACACCCUUUACUCACAAAUGUGAAUUCAUCGAUUCCAGAUAAUUAUAACACAACUGAAUGGUCAAGAACUGGUAAAGUUGAACCUCGAGGUGGGAUUCCUUGUUGGUUCUGUUUGGAGUAUGGUGAACUUUCAUUUCCCUGGAGAUGUUUUUGGGAUGUUUUUGAGAAAGUCAUCAAAGCCCGUAAUUCCGUGGUGGGAACUAUUUCACGUCCUUUCUAUUGGUCAACUGAUACAUUUUUCAAUGGUUUGGAAACAAUAGGUGCAAAUGCUUUAAGACUCUUCCACAAAACAAUGAAAAUGUUCAAGUCUAAAUGUGAAUUAGACUCCAGCUGUGAACUUGAUUAACAUUUGAGCAAAUUAUAUUCUUAAUUUUUAUGCUGAGAU